UCGAAUUAAUUACGAAGACUUUGUUUGGUUUUGCCUCUCUGAGGAGGAUAAGUCAACACCCACAGCGAUACGGUACUGGUUUCGUAUUCUUGAUCUUGACGGAGAUGGAUUACUUUCUGCGUAUGAGCUGCGGAGUUUUUACGAUGAGAUGAAAAAAACGGUGACAUCCUACGCCCCGGAUGGGGCUGUGCCAUUCGAGGAUAUUCUCUGUCAGAUAUUUGAUAUGUUUGGCCUAGAAACGUCAUGCAGUCUUAGACUUGAAGAAUUUUUGGCUAAACCUGAGGCGGCGGCUGUGACGUUUAACAUGGUUACAAAUGUGGUACGCUUUUUACAGUUUGAACAGAAGGAUCCUUUCGUCACGCACCAGAAUCGUCUGGAGGGUGGAUUGGAACAGUCCGCUUGGGAUCGUUUUGCACGUGCCGAAUACGGCCGUUUGUCUAAUGCGAUGAGAAACGAAUGA